AUGACCAAAAUCAUCCUCUCCGCAAAUGCGGGCUCUUCCUCGGUCAAGGUGUCUGUUUACGCCUCCAACGGCAAUCCGGACGAAUUGAAGCAGCUUGCCGAGGUUUCCAUCUCUGGACUCACUGCACCCCCAGCCAAGUUGACAUACGAGCGCGGCGACCAAAAAAUAAAGAACAAAGAGCUCGGAGGUGGAAAGUCCCAGGAAGAGGCCUUCAAGUACAUUAUCGAGCAUCUGCUGAAGGACGAAGGUCUUCCCGAGCUGAAGCGUAGGGAAGAUGUUGAGUUUGUCUGCCAUCGCGUGGUCCAUGGCGGUGACUAUCCCAAAGCUCAAGUCAUUGACGACAACAUAUACCAUCAUAUUGAGAAACUGUCCGAUCUGGCCCCCCUGCACAAUGCCGGAGCCCUCACCAUCAUCCGGACCGUGGGCAAGGAGCUCCCAGCCUCCACGAACGUUGCAUACUUCGACUCCGCCUUCCACUCCACCAUCCCCGAGCACAUCCGCACCUACCCCAUCGACCAAGGCAUCGCCAAGCACAACAAACUCCGCAAGUACGGCUUCCACGGCAUAUCCUACCACUUCAUCUCGCGCGUCGUGGCCUCGCACCUCUCCAAGCCGCUCAGCUCCCUCAACAUCAUCGCGCUCCACCUCGGCAGCGGCGCCUCGGCCUGCGUCAUCAAGCACGGGCAAUCCUGGGACACGACCAUGGGGCUGACGCCGCUCGCGGGGCUCCCCGGCGCGACGCGCAGCGGCAGCAUCGACCCGUCGCUCGUGUUCCACUACACGCACGAGGCGGGCAUGCCGAGCCGCAGCAGCACCAAGGAGAUGCACAUCACGCAGGCCGAGGAGAUUCUCAACAAGCGGAGCGGCUGGGCCGCGCUGACGGGCACCACCGACUUUGGCGAGAUCUCUGCGAGCGACGCGCCCGAGUGCCGGCUGGCGUUCGACAUCUUCGCCGACCGCGUGCUCGGCUACGUCGGCUCGUACUACCUCAAGCUCGAGGGCGACGUCGACGCGCUCGUCUUCGCCGGCGGCAUCGGCGAGAAGGGCGCGAGGCUGAGGGAGCGGAUUGUGAAGGGCGCGAGGUGCCUGGGCUUCGCGCUGGAUGGCGAGAAGAAUGAGGGCGCCGGUGGGUCGGAGAGCGUCGUGACGGAUGUGGGGGCGGCGGACUCGAGGCACAGGGUGCUGGUCUGCCGUACGGACGAGCAGUUGCAGAUGGCGAGGAGCUGUACCGAGGAUGCAGAGACGUUCCGGAGUCAGAGCAAGAAGUGA